CCAGGUGGCUCUGCGAGUGGCACUGGACACGAAAUGGCACUCGAACCUCACUCGUUCCUCGGCUCUCAUCCCACUGAGAUGAAAUAUUACACAUUCCUUCUCUUCCUCGUCCUCGGCGUAUCCAGGGCUGUUGGCAAUCCUGCAGCGGGACAACCCUGGCGAUGGGUGUCUCCCUCGGCCGCCCGCGCGCCCAUCCCCGGCGCCCUCGGGAAAGCCCGGAGCGGAGGGCCUGCCGGCGCUCGCAUCGUGGGCGGCACCGAGGCCAAGCCGCACCAGUGGCCCCAUAUGGUGGCUCUCUUCGUCGAUGACGUCGUGUUCUGCGGUGGCUCUCUCCUCUCCGACCAGUGGGUGGUCACCGCUGCGCACUGCAUGGAUCGCUCCCUGUUCGUGGAGGUGGUGAUGGGCGCCCACAACAUCCAGGAGGCGGAGCCAAGCCAGGUCACGAUGACGUCAGAGAACAUCAUCGUCCACGAGGAAUGGGACAGCCACACGCUCAAAAAUGACAUCGCCCUCAUUCGAUUGCCAGAACCGGUGAAUUCUAAUGAGUACAUAUCCUUCGUGGGUCUUCCUGAUGCUGACUUACCCUACGGAACGCCGGUCACUGCGACAGGAUGGGGAUUCACGUCCGAUGGUUCAACAGGCAUUUCGGACGUGUUGAACCAAGUCACGAUGAACGUAAUCGAACGUGAUGUGUGCGACGCCAUCUAUGGAGAACAAGGAGAAGGAGUGCUGUGCGUAGAUGCCAGCGGAGGAGGAAUUUGCGAUGGCGACUCCGGCGGGCCGUUGGUUCACGAAAACCGCCUUUACGGCAUCACGUCCUACGCCUCCGCCCUUGGAUGCUCGUCUGGCUGGCCCGAAGGAUUCACUCGCGUUCUGCACUACUUGGCUUGGAUCGAGGAACAGACGGGUCUUGCGCCAGGAAAUUUCGUUUGAGAAGUUGAUGUUUUCCCGACUUUUUUCUUUCUUUCUUUCUUUCUUUUUUUUUUUUUUUUUUGGAAGGAAGGGGGUGUUUAAGGGUGAUUUAGGAGAUCAUAAGAAUUUUCUGUUCAUUUGUUUAUUAAUUAAUAUUAAUCUCCUGCCUUAAACUACUUGGCUUGGAACAUACGGGUCUUGCUGGAGGAAAUUCCGUUUGAAAAGUUUUCCCGCCUUUUUUUGAAAGAUAGAAGGGGGGAUGGAUAAUUUUUUGUUUGUUUGUUUACUUAUUUAAAGGGUUAUUUGCUAACCAGAAGAAUUCCUCGUCCUACACUGCAUGGCUUGGAUCCAGGAACAUACUGGUCCUACGCAAGAAAAAAUCGACGGAAGGGAUAAUAUUCUCCGCCUCUUUUUGAGCGGGAAAUGCGGGUCAUUUAUUUAUACAUCUAUCUGGUUAUAGUUGAUUCAUCGUUGUAUUUUUUGUCUUUAUUAUUAUCGUACUGGAUAUCAUUAUCGUUGUUAUUAUUAUAAGUACGGUUUUAUUUAUCUUUUGUUUCUUAUUGGGGAGAGAUUGGGAAGUAAAGUGGAUUCAAAGAU